GGCGCUGCAGCGCUAAAUCGGCCGUAAAGACUUUAAAACCGGAAUGAAGCAGAUUUCAAAAUACAAACCUCUUCAAGAAAAUGGCGGAAGUCGUGGAACUGCAUAAACUCAAGUUGGCUGAACUGAAGCAGGAAUGUACUGCUCGUGGGCUGGAAGCCAAAGGAAAUAAAGCCGAUCUGAUUGCCCGGCUGCAGGCCUACCUGGACGAGCAUGAAGUGAAUGAAGAGGAAGUUCUGGGAGAAUAUGGUGAGGAGGCCUUUGCCAAAGAAGAGACCGAUUCCCAGAAGCAAGAGUUUACUCCUCCUGAAGAGGUGACUGAGAAAAAACUGGUCAAGAUAAACCCUCCUGCUACAGUUGGUGAGAGGCUUCAGAAAAGAGCGGCACGCUUCAAUAUUGCACCAAGUGCGGACAGCAAAAAGGCAGCAAGAGCAGCAAGGUUUGGUCUGCAAGAACCUGAUGCUGUAUCAUCCAAAGGCGAGUUGACAAUCUAAUACAGUGCAUCAUGUUUUUAAGUAAUUGUAUCAGUAAGUUGCAAGUGAAAGACAUGACA